CGGAAUUAUUAACACACUCUAUGAACUUUGAUAUUCUUCGUAUCGCUGUCUUUGUAUAAUGGAAGUAAGAUGCAAGCAUUGUUGUAAAUCGCUUUUCAAAGGUAAUUCUAUUUUGUUUAAUGCACAUCAUGAGGUAAAACCAAAGCAACAAAUGAAUGUAGGAUGUCAAGCAGAUGAAUCUGAUUGCUGCUCAUACAUGACUCCUGAGAAUGCACCAAAUUGGAUUAUGGAUGCUAUCAAUCAAGAAUAUUGGACCAAGGGAAGAUUAUAUUGUCCGUACUGCAACAAUCGCUUAGGAUCUUUCAACUUUGUGAAUGAGCUCAAAUGUUACUGCAAUAAAUAUGUAAAGCCACCCAUAAGGAUAGUUACCUCUAAAGUAGACAUAUUAUAUGAAAGUUAAAAAUAAUAACCA